AUGGCUAUGGAGUCUUCAGCAACUGUCACGAUUAGUCGUGCGUACUUCGACACAUUGAUCCGCAGAUUUAAAAUACAAGCCAAUCUGUGCUCUAAUCUCAUCAAUGGCGGUGCUACCCAAGCCACCCUCGAUCUCUUGAGCAGUGAAGAGUCAUUGCGCCAAGACGAGACAUUGAAGCCCAAAGCUGAUGCUGCAUCGUCCGACACUCAUGAUGGUUAUGAUCAUCGAUCCCCUCAAGACCAUGAUCUCAAUGCCCCUGGUCGACGUGGUGAUUCCCAUGCCAAGGGAAACCACUGUAAAACUCAGAGGCCAUCUGGAAAACCCCGACCGUUGGUGGAUGCAUUCUCGAGGGCGGGGACUACAGGCGACCCCCCUCGCACCAUGAAUGAUGGACACAAGACUGAAACUGUGGUUCCGGAACCAGCACUUGAAGAGAUAACACCCCCCAAUGACGCCGUAACUAGGCGGCCUCGCCACGCGCAGUACGCAAAAACGGCAAUACGCACGGUUGUGCUAUAUGAUCUGGCAGAGACCACAACACAUGCCGAUAUCACCGAUGUCGUUCGAGGUGGCAUGCUGCUCGAAGUGCUCAUCAAAACUCAUGAUCGGUCGGCUCAGAUCUCCUUCUUACAUGCGGAAAGCGCCCAAGCCUUCUACAAUCAUGUCCGUCGACAUGACCUGUACAUCCGACAAAAGAGGGUGAACAUCAAAUGGAGCGACCGACAAUGUGUUCUACCAGGCCACGUUAGCCACAAAAUCGGCAGUGGAGCGACCCGCAACUUGAUUGUGCGACGCUGCAGCCCCGAAGUCACAGCAGAGAGCAUACGUGAUGACCUGGAGCACAUACACAACCUUGUCAUCAUCCGAAUUUCUUUUGAAGCUGGGAGCUGUUUCAUUCAGACCAAUUCAGUGUAUAAUGCCAUGUUCGCACGCACCUGCAUGAUGAGUCGAUAGUGAGUUGUGCAACAGGAGAACAUGGAACAUGCAAGCUAGUUCGCUCGAUGCUGACUAUGCCGCAGCAAAUACAAGGGUUCGAAGGUUGAGUGGGAUGCCGAUGGAUGUACAGCGCCGCUCGAGAGCCUCGUUGUUUCGAAGACCCAAGCUCGUGCUGCUGCUGCUUGGUCAAAGGUGGAACUUACUGCCAUGGCCAAUCGAUUCCACAUUUUGGAUCCUGGUGGCCUGAGUAGCGAAGACACGGACGAAACCGAUACUUUUGCCUCGCAACCCUAAGGGACCAACUUGUGUGGCUUUACAAUAGCGGUUGAUGAAGGAGUUCUGUGUUGUGAUUUUGCUUAGUUCAGCGACACCUUAGAUAAUUAGCAUCCAGGCCCGUCAAUGAUACACGUAGCAAUAUAAUGAGGAUCAAACGUGCGAUCCAAACCCUGUUUCUCCCAUUACAGCAUUUCACCCUCUUGUCCUUGUGUUGAUGAUGAUCCGGUGGUCAGGCAGACGGGUUGAUGAUAGAAAAGUGCACAUUCGGUGUGCUCGAAAGCUGUCCAUGCCGGAAAAGCAAGCAACGCUGUAAGAUUGAUUGAAAGCAAUGUGGUUUCAUAGAAUGGCCGAAGGACUCUGAUUAUUUAUUGGCCUCCACAAGAGAGACAUAACCUUGGACAAAAGCAAGCAUACUACGGCGUCUAAAAAAGAGGAAACGAGACCAGUGAGCAGUUGCAUGCUGGAAAAGAGAUGGAUCACAAUCAAUAUGCUGACACAUGGACGGAGUCGUCCAUUCGAGGUUGGGCACAUUGACACCGUC